AUGGAGGAUCAAGUCAAACGCACGCACCGGGAGCUAUCGAGGGAUGAAAAAGUGGCGGUCAUCCAACACCUUCAUCCCUUUCUCGUCAAGGGCAAACUGCAGCGCGGUGCGUACAAGCAAGUCGCUGAGAAACUGAGUCUGAGCCCCCGCACCUGGCAAGAUUCGAUCGUGGCCAUUCGUGCAACAUGUCCCGGCUCUUCGCAACUCGCGCAAUCGCCCGUCUGGGACUAUGGUCACCAAGUUGGUCAAUUGUUGGUCAAUGUUGACGCCGCUGUAUAUCGGGACUUCGUCAUCAACAAGGUCAUACCUGUCAUCAAGGUUUCAUUCCCCAGUGCGUCGAAGCACGUUCUUCUGCAACACGACAACGCGCUUCCAUAUGGAAGCAUCACGGACGCUGUGCUCGAAGGCGUGUCGACUGACGGGUGGUCGUUCAAGAUUCGCAAACAACCGCCCAAUAGUCCCGAUUUGAAUGUAUUGGACCUGGGAUUUUUCGCGUCCAUACAAAGCCUGCAAUACAAGAAGAUGAGUCGGACUGUGGAUGACGUCGUCCGCAACACCAUGGAGGCAUAUGGCGAGCUGAAGUACGACAAGCUGGAGGCCGUGUUCCUCACCUUCCAAGCAGUGAUGCGCAUGGUCCUCGAGCACGGUGGCGACAACCACUUCGCUUUGCCACACCUCAAGAAGGCGGCCUUGAAACGUGCUGGUCUCCUAAUGUCGAAUGUUUCCUGCCCUGUGUCGCAGCUUUUGUAG